CCUAGAUCAAAAGUGAUCAGUGAUUCAUAUUGCGCACAGCAAAAUCGGCGGAAAGCGAAAUAAAACGAUAAAACGAGUUAAAUCGGCUUUGCCGCUGGAAAACAUACCCAAAAUAGCGGUGCUUUGGGCUUCCUUUGCAAAACCCCGUCUCGCCUGCCGACCGCCAAGAGAGUGCGUGUGUGCGUGCCCCCGCGCAUGUGUGGUGUGUUUGUGUGAAAGAAGGAGAGGUGGAAACACACAAAAGAGAGUGUACAGCCGACGACGCGCAGACGCAUCUCGAAAACCGAAAAGCGUCGAAAAUCGCGAGUGAAAAGUGCGGAAAUCGGCGGAAAAGCGGAAAAGCCCUGUUGCCAAGACCCCGGUACCGAAGCGCGAUAAAGACAUACAGCGAAUAUGGGUUGUGCCGUGAGUACAGCACGCGAUAAAGAGGCCAUCGAACGGUCCAAGAACAUCGAUCGCGCCUUGAGGGCGGAGGGCGAGCGCGCCGCCUCGGAGGUGAAGCUGCUGCUACUGGGAGCUGGAGAGUCGGGCAAGUCCACGAUAGUGAAGCAGAUGAAGAUCAUCCACGACACGGGCUACUCGCAGGAGGAGUGCGAGGAGUACCGCCGUGUGGUGUUCAGCAACACGGUGCAGAGCCUGAUGGUGAUCAUCCGGGCUAUGGGUCGCCUGAAGAUAGAGUUCGCCGACCCGGGCAGGACGGACAUAGCCCGCCAGUUCUUCACACAUGCCUCCGCCGCGGACGAGGGAAUCCUGCUGCCGGAGAUUGUCCUGCUGAUGAAGAAGCUCUGGGCGGACGGCGGCGUGCAGCAGAGUUUCGCCCGAUCCCGCGAAUAUCAGCUGAACGACUCGGCGGGCUACUACCUCAACUCGCUGGAUCGCAUCGCGCAACCGAACUAUAUACCCACCCAGCAGGAUGUGCUCCGCACCCGAGUCAAGACCACCGGCAUCAUCGAGACACACUUCUCCUGCAAGCAGCUGCACUUCAAGCUUUUUGACGUGGGCGGCCAGCGAUCGGAGCGCAAGAAGUGGAUCCAUUGCUUUGAGGGCGUCACGGCCAUUAUCUUCUGCGUAGCAUUGUCAGGUUACGAUUUAGUCUUGGCCGAGGACGAAGAGAUGAAUCGCAUGAUCGAAUCCCUGAAGCUGUUUGACUCCAUCUGCAACUCCAAGUGGUUCGUGGAAACCUCCAUCAUACUUUUCCUCAACAAGAAGGAUCUGUUCGAGGAGAAGAUUAAGCGAUCUCCCCUGACGAUAUGCUUCCCGGAGUACACAGGAACCAACACCUUCGAGGAGGCGGCCAACUACAUUCGCAUGAAGUUUGAAAAUCUGAACAAGCGGAAAGACCAAAAGGAGAUCUACACGCAUCUCACCUGCGCCACGGACACGAACAACGUCAAGUUCGUCUUCGAUGCCGUCACCGAUGUGAUCAUCAAGAACAAUCUGAAACAAAUUGGCUUAUUCUAAGGGACGGCGGAUCACAAGAUCAUCAUUAUUUAGCUUGCGCGCAGUAUUAAAGGAAAACGCGCGCGCAUCAACAUUUCCAUUAAACGCUAAGAACUCGAUACAUUUACGCUCUGCAUAUACGUAAUCGUAUGCUCCAUAUAUGUUUUAAAUGCGUUACAUGCUUGACACACGUAAUUUUAAUAACCGAUUUGGUUGCCAGUAGUCGCGGAACAAAUAACCAACUGCAAUUUAGUUACCCGUGUCCAUUAAAUUGCACCUGUAAGUUAACUAAUUUAAAGAUUAGCCUAACACAAUGUGAAGUUCGCCAAAGGACAGCCGAUGGGUUUUGUACAUCCUACCCUCUGAAUCCGAUCGGCCCUCUUUGGGAUGUAUCUUUAAGUUUCGCGGGCUAAUGGCGAAUCCCAAAGGGAAACCUCUCGAGAUCGUGUCGUGUAGGAAUGCCCUUUUGGGCCUCGCCAUUGGCCGGACGUUUAUUUUUUGCCAAGAGCUUGACAGCGUUAUUUAAGGUGAAACUAGGCCUGGAGUUGUAAGCCCUAAAAUGUAACUAGUAAACUUACUAAUAUGUUUAGUAAUAGCCUAAAUAAAAGACAAUUUAUAAAAAAGCAA